CAAAGUCCGAGCAAUUCUCAGCACAAAACUCUCACAUACAUACAUUUUUUUGUCGUUUUCCACAAAACUAUUUCAAAUACCAUUUCCAAUUAUUUUCCCUUAUUUAUAAUUUUCGUUUUCCUUUUGGCACUUCAUUUAAAUUCCCCAAUUCACAUGCACUCGAUGAACUCUAUAGCCGACAUACGAAUUUCGAUCAAGCCGCAAGCAACCGAUGCAAAAAAUCUAUAGUGUCCCGAUCAAUCAAACGCAUCAAUCAAGCCAGAGACACAUCUUCAAACUGAAUGAGACAGAGAGAGAGAGACAUAGAAAGAAAGAGAGACUGAACAAAAAAGAGCGUGAGGGAGGGGAGAGAGAGAGAGAGAGCGCGUGAAAGUGGGAGCGUGAGCUGCUGGCAUCAAUCAACAACUCAUCGCUCAAUCAUUUUCAGCACAGAUCUUCAAUCACAUCACCGACACCGACACUGACAUCGAUAAGCUCAUCUGGGAUCCAACUGGAGUCUGCAAUUAUUGAACGCAAAUAGACAAAUCCAUUCGCCAUCAAUCAUCUGCAGUCAAUCACUCAACUUGCAACGAAUCUGUUUUCAUCCUUUUUGGGCCAAAUUUGACACAUUUACCGCAUUUUUCAUUUCGCAUCGCAUCGUGCCACACAGCAACAACUCAUUUUUUUUUCUCUCGAAAUUCAACGGAAAAAACGUUUUUGAAAACGCGCGCGCGGGCAACAAAAAAUAAUCAACACCCAACACCACGAAAAUAAAAGAAAAAGAAAAACCAACAAAGCAAUGCAACAAAUUCAACAACAACAACAACAUCAACAAUAAUCAAUUCAUCAAUUGCACAAAAUUCGUUUUUUUUUUUUUUUUGGUUUUACAUUUCAUACGAUAUUUUCUCGGUAACGACGCGAAAACGUGAAAGGUGAAAGGACAUGACUCAAAGCGCAAAUUGAGCGAAUGAAAAAAGUAUCGAAAAUAGAAAAGCACAUCAAACAACGUCCUGUAACAAAAAAUUCAAUUUUUUUUUAAACAUUCCACGCCCCGAAAACAUCAUCAACAACAACAACGACAGGAAAAUCUGCGGAAAAAAAAAACCUCGCUCAAAAUUCUAAAGUGUGUGUGUCGCCCAAAAGUGUUUUGAUUCGAUUUCCAUUUCCAAUUCAAUUUCAAAUUUGUUGAAAGUUAACGAAGUAGAAGAGAGUAGCAAAGAAAAAGAAAAAGAAGAAAAAAGACCGCAAGCGAAAUUGUUAUUAUUGAUAAAUACACGAUAUAUAUGAUAUAUAUAUAUAGAAGAAAGCAUCUAUUUUUUUUGCACGAACUUACCGUAAAGAAAAGUUAAAUUUAUAUAUAUACAUAUAUAUAUAUCUACAAAUUGUGCUCCCCCUGUCCCCUCUCAAAGUAACAACAACAACAAGCAAAAGACGAAAGUGAAACAAAGCCAAAAUUGCAAGCAAACAAAAAGUUGAUCGAAAAAGUUUUGAAAAUACGCGCCACAACAACAGCAACAGCAAAGAAGACACACACAAGCUAAAAGCUCACAAGGAAAAGCACAAAAGCUACAAAAGCUAAUACAACAAGCAGAAGAAGAAGGUACAGUUAUAUUUCGAAAGAUGGCUUCCGAACUGGAUCAAUUCGCCGAUUUGGAAUUAUCAAAAGAGGAUCGCGAGCAAAUCUUCGAUCCGCCAUUAGACCGGCAGCAAUUGGAAGGUGCUGGCACCUCAAGUGUUACGACAUCCAAAAUCUUAAUAAGCGGCAUACCGCUGCAAACACGUUUCGAAGACAUCGAACCGCUACUGAAGCCCUAUGGCAUCGUCAAACAAUGUGAGGCUAUUUCUAGUAAGGAUCAAAAUACUCAAACAGUACAUAUAACAUUCGAAAAUCCUGAGCAGGCGCAAAGAGCUGCUGGUGGUUUGAACGGCGUCGAAUUUGAGGGCAGUAAACUGCAUGCGGAGCAAUUGGAUAAGAAUCAACGUCGCAGCCAACGCAAUCAGCGCAAUCCGUAUCCGGGAAUGCCGGGACCCGGACGCCAGGCGGACUUCCCGCUGCGCAUUCUCGUACAGAGCGAGAUGGUUGGUGCGAUCAUUGGACGUCAGGGCACCACCAUUCGCACCAUUACACAACAGAGUCGCGCCCGUGUCGAUGUGCAUCGCAAGGAGAACGUUGGCUCCCUCGAGAAGUCCAUCACGAUCUAUGGCAAUCCGGAGAACUGCACCAAUGCCUGCAAGCGCAUCUUGGAGGUGAUGCAACAGGAGGCGCUCUCCACGAAUAAGGGUGAGAUCUGCUUGAAGAUCCUUGCCCAUAAUAAUCUGAUUGGUCGCAUUAUCGGCAAGAGCGGCAACACUAUUAAACGCAUCAUGCAGGACACGGACACAAAGAUCACCGUUAGCUCGAUCAACGACAUCAACAGCUACAAUCUGGAGCGCAUCAUCACGGUGAAGGGAUUGAUUGAGAACAUGUCGAGAGCGGAAAACCAAAUCAGUACCAAACUGCGCCAAAGCUAUGAAAACGAUCUGCAGGCCAUGGCUCCACAGAGCCUCAUGUUCCCCGGCCUGCAUCCCAUGGCAAUGAUGUCGACACCGGGCAAUGGCAUGGUCUUCAACACGAGCAUGCCGUUCCCCUCGUGUCAAGGCUUUGCCAUGUCCAAGACACCGGCCAGUGUGGUGCCGCCGGCGUUCCCCAACGACAUGCAGGAGACCACCUAUCUCUAUAUACCGAAUAACGCUGUUGGCGCCAUCAUUGGCACCAAGGGCUCCCACAUACGCAGCAUUAUGCGUUUCUCGAGUGCAUCCCUCAAAAUUGCGCCCCUCGAUGCCGACAAGCCGCUGGACCAACAAACGGAGCGCAAGGUGACGAUUGUUGGGACACCGGAGGGUCAGUGGAAGGCGCAAUACAUGAUAUUCGAAAAGAUGCGCGAGGAGGGCUUCAUGUGCGGCACCGAUGAUGUUCGCCUAACUGUCGAGCUUCUUGUUGCCAGCUCUCAGGUUGGACGCAUUAUUGGCAAGGGCGGUCAAAAUGUGCGUGAGCUGCAACGUGUCACGGGUAGCGUCAUUAAGCUGCCAGAGCAUGCGCUGGCGCCACCUUCUGGCGGCGAUGAGGAAACACCUGUACACAUCAUUGGAGCAUUCUACAGCGUUCAGUCCGCACAGCGUCGAAUUCGCGCCAUGAUGCUAUCGACGAAUCCACCUCCAGUGACCAAAAAACAGAAAGCUGCCAAAGAACAACAAUUGCAACAGCAACAACAACAACAGACCUUAGCCGGUGCCUCACCAAGUGGGACUCAACAGCAGCAACAGCAACAACAGCCACAACAACAACAGCAACAGUCGCCGUCGCAGCAGCAGCCGCUGCCGCUGCAAUCGCAUCAUCAAUCGUCGGCGGCGUCGUCGUCGGCGCCACCUGCGCAUCAUCAGCAGCAGCAGGCGUCGUCGACAGCGUCUUCACAUCAAUUGCAGCAGCAGCAGCAGCAGCAACCGCAGCAGCCAUCGCCACCUCCCGGCAAUGCCGCGCCAGCAGCCGCACAGCAGCAGCUGGCGAGCUCACAGCAGUAAGCAGCAGCAGCAGCAACUGUUGCCGGGGUUAGAGGGGGAGUGGGCCAAGCAGAUGGAGCAACCCAACAACAACAACAAUAACAACAACUAUAACUACAACAGCAGCAGCAACAACUACUACAAUAACAACAACAACAACAAUAUUUACAAUAAUUAAAACAAUAAUAAUAAUAAUUAUAACAGUUGCAAUAGCUACAACUAAUUCAAUGUCAACUCACAUUCGGAUAUGUCAAGCCAAUUUCAUUUUUUGCAUUCAUCUCUUUCAACAACAACAACAACAAUAUCAACAACAACAGCAGCAACCAAGAUGCUUCCUCUAAGUCUGCAGUGUCAACACAACAACAAAAACAACAAGCAACAGCAUGUGUAUAACAGUUUAACUAUUGCCGUAUGACAGUUGCGCAUAACUGAGAGGAGUCUGGCUUGGCGUUAGCGUUUGAUCCACACAACUAUCAACUAUCAACACAAACACAGACACACACCAACACACACACACGCACACAUGCAACCCUGUUUAUUUAUUCAGCUAGAGUUGAGGAAAACUGCAAGAAUGCCGGCAGAAAACGAACGAAGAGUAACUGAAAAACCACAACAACAACAACAACAAAUUUUGAAGCUGUAGAGCAGCCCCUGCAGCAACAACAACAACAACAACAAAUAUUUGGAAAACAUCAAAACACUACAAAAUGAAAGGAAAAUAUGAAAACAACAAACAACAACAACAAAAAAAAAUAUACAAAAAUCUACAAAAAACAAAUACAAAAAUUAAGCCGUAAAAUGCAGAAAAUUCGUUUUUUAUAUAUAGAAAUAUAAAAUUAAAUUUUUUAUGAAUUUUAUUUUUUUUUUAUUAAAACUCUUUUAGUAAGCGUACAUUAAGUGAAAAGAAAGAAAGAAAGAAUAACAACAACAACAACAACAAAACACAGCAACAACAACAACAACAAAGUGGAAAAAGCGAAAUGAAAAGCAACAACCAAUCCGUUGGUUUGUGUGUGUGUUUUUUAAUGUUUCUUUUAAUUUUUUGUUUGUUAUAAUAUGGAACAAAUUUUGGAAACGAAAUGAAAAAAAGAGAAAGAAAAAGAUGAGAGGAGGACAACUGAAAAGAAAGAAAGAAAAAAAACACUGUAUGUUUUGUUUAUAUAAUUAGAAUUAUUACUCUACUACUACUACUAUCUACAACUACAAUCUAUCUAUCAUAUUAUCUAUUAUAUUUUGUCGUGUGUUCAACAACAACAACUACAAAACUAAACAAAAAACAAAACAAAGAAACGAAACGAAGCGAAAUUUUAAGCAGGUGUCAAAUUACAGCCCACCUCGACAACAACAAUUACUAAAAACUAAACCAACAACACAACAAGUGUAAACAAAAACUUAAAAACAAAACAACAAACAAAAUCAUAAUGAAAAUAAUCUUACAUAAAACACAUAAGAAGGAAUACAAAUUUAGAAGGUCGAAACAAAAACCAAAUAGGGAGUUUACGUAUAUAUAUAUUAUGUGUAUGCUGUACUCGGUAAGCAGAAGCAGAAAAAGAAGAAGAAGAAGCAGUUUUUUAUAACCGUAUAACAGUACUCGACUCUCACAUACACACACAGAAACAAACACCCCGAGUAUAUAUAUACAAUAUAUAUUCCUAGUUAAGUUGUGUCUCUCAAACCUAAUGCCAAUCAAGCAAUCUUAAGUGUACAGAGCUGUAUAAUAGUUUUCGAGAAUUGAGAUUUCCUGCGAGAAGAUGAAUUGUUAUAUUGUUUGAGUAGUAGAAAGUCAGAGAGAGAGAGAGAUAGAGAAGGAAUGAAGCGAGAGAGAGAGAGAGCAUUGUAAUGUGUUUGCCUUGAAACGAAAACAAAAAUAACGGUGCUGAAAUGUUAAUUUUUUUAUAUAACGAGUCAAAGCGAGCGACAAGUGUUACAUAUAGGCAAAACGAAACUGUUAUAAUUCACUACUAUAUACACACACACACACACCACUACACUACACACUACACAACACACUCAACUACCUUACUUAGUUUCUCAACUAGUGUAUAACAGUUUUUUAUAUACAUAUAUCCAUAGCGAAACUGAAGUAACUGAAUCGGAGCAACAAACAAUCAAACAAGCAACAACAAAACCAAUCAAUACCAAGACAAUAGCCCAAUUUUGUUACCAAUAUAUAUAUAGAGUUUAACGUGAAGAGUUAAUUUUUUUUUUUAAUAAUUAUAACACAUUUAUUUUGUUUGUUUUAUAAAUACAUACAUACAUAUUACAUACGAUUAUAGAGUUAUAUACAAUACAUGCAUACAUUUAAUUAUUUUGCUUUUUUGUUUCUUUUUUGCCUUACUUUAGUUAGUCGUAGAAAUAGUACAGUUCGUAUAACACUUGCAACUGUUAUACCACAACCAUAAAAAAUCAACAUUUCGGCCACAAAAAAAAAUGCAAAAAUUUGAACUUUCGGGUAGAAAACAAAAACAAAAUCAAAAACAAUCCAAUUCAGAAAGAACAGCAGAACAAGAGAACAAAAAAUGAAGAUAGGCUUUUUUAUGGCAGUUUAGGACAAAGAUAUUUUGAUGACAUACAAACAAUACGAUACUACGAUACGAUAAACACAUGUGUAAAAGAUCUAUUGAUGAAGAUUGAACAAGUAAUUAAAAUACCUCAAUGUAAGUGCAUUAUCUUCUAUGACAAAACCAACAAAACAAAACAAAACUAAACUAAACUAAAAAAAAAGAAAAGAAAACAAAAAACAAAUGUUAAAACCUAACGAAUAUGUAAAGUGUGAGCUAAAGCGAAACAACAUAAAACAAAAAGAAAAAGAAAAACAAAUGAAAACAAAAUCUACAACUAAAUGAAGAAGGAAAUUCAUAAAAAUAAAAAAGAAUCAUAAUGAUAAUUAUGAUAGUUUUUAAGUAAAAGAAAAGAAAAGAAAAACAAAAUGUAAACAACCUGAAGGACAACAUACUAAAAAUAACAACAACAACUACAACUACAAAAACACAGCAACUACAACAAAAAUGAACUAGGAACAACAACUACAACUAAAAAAAGGCAUAUCAAUAAAUCAAGCGAGAAAAGCAUAGCACACAAAGUGAAGAUCGGACGCGCAGGUAUAACAGAAUAUAUAUAUAAUAUAUAUAUAAAGGGUAAACAGUUCCAUCAACAACAAACAACAACAACAACAACAGACUCGACCCAGAAACAGACAACAACAACAACAAGAAGAACCAGAACAGCCAGAAGAAGAAGAAGAACUCACAUCGCAAGCUGAAGAGAGAAAUUGUUAAAGUUUUGGUAUUUCCUAUAUAUAUUAUGUGUAUGUAAGCCAGGAGAGGUGUAUAGUACAUAGGGGCAUAUAUAUGUAUAUGUGUGUGUAUAUAUACAAUAUUUAUAUAUAUGAUAUAUGUGUAUGUGUAUAUGUGUUGGAAAUUCCAAAAAGCGUAACUUGUUGUUAUUGUUAUACAUAUGAUAAACGAUGUUUUCUUUUGUUGUUCCUCAAACAUAAAUGCAUACAUAUUCUAUAUAUACAUAUGUGUAUAUAUAUAUUAUAUAUGUAUAUAAUUUUUAAUCAUUUAAUACAAAACAAAAGAGGGAGAGAGGAAAACAAAUGUCCAAAGUUGUCAAUACAAAGAGCAUAUACCUUAUAUAUAUAUAUAUAUAUAUAUAUACUAUAUAGACAGACCUAUUAAAUGACCUAUACUAUACGAUGAUGAUGAUGAUGAUACGAUGAUAUGGAUGCAUGCUUCUUGGUGACGAUGCCUAAGCAUUUUAUUUAUAUAUAUACGAAAUGAAAAAAAAAAUCCAAACAAAAAUCGACACAAACAAAACAAAAAAAAAAAAAGUAAAACGAAUUUUUAUAAAAAAUUCCAAAAAUGUAAUCUAGCAAAAACAUUGGCAAUGUUUUUGAACUUGCAUUGUUUUUAUUUUGCAUAAAAUUCCAAAUGCUGAAGCAAGAGAAAGUAAAAAGUAGAAGGCAAGAAAAGAGUGAGAGAGAAAGAGAAAAAGAGAGCGAGGAGCAGCGUGGUUGAGUUAACUAACUAAAUUGCUCUGUUUAAGGGGGGUUUACCAAAACAAACUAUUAAGGAAUAUAUAUUAUACAUAAAUAAUAAUCAUAAACGAAACGAUGAAGACAAAAAGGAAAAAAAAGAAAGAGAUAGAGAAAGAGAAUGAGAAAAAGAGACCACAGUGAGUGAAGAGCGUGCGCGUUGAAAACGACAGCGAGAGAUAGAUAGAGAUAGUGAUAGCGAAGUAGAACGAGAGAGCAGCAAAGAAAUUAUUUUUUAGUAUUUAGAGGCUAUUUUAUGUUGAUUAUAUAUAAGUAUAAGAUUAUACUAAUCCCAGAGACAGAGAGAGAUAGAGAGAGAAAGCGAAAGUGAGAGUGAGAGUUACGAUCUCUGGCGAUGCGUGUGAUUGAGUAAUUAUGAUAUAAUAAUAUGGAAGAUAUGUUUCAAAGAUUGUCUUUGUGAUUGUUCUUCGUUGGUCUACUACUACAUAGAGUCGAAGGUGUAUUAUCAUUAUUAUCAGCAAGCAUGUCCGAAUGUCCGUGUGGCAAAAAAGAAGAAGAUUGAACAACGACAAUUUUCAUUCAUCUUUUUGUCAGCACAUUGAGGGAUUCCUUAGUUUUUUUUUUUUUUUUUUUUUUUUUUCUUUGUUUAAUUGCUCAAAGUACGUAAGAUUAUUUGCUUUGGUGAGUAGGAAAAAAGAAAAUCUCGAUCCUUCGAAAAUGUUCUCCAAAAAUUUCAGAUUUGUUGUCUUCAGUCUGUCUCGGUCAAUCUCUAUUAAAUCUGCUGGGAGUUCUUCAUGAAGAACUUCUGGCACUCAAAAUCUCUUCAUCAUUUGCCCAAAAUGAAAAAAGCAUACGAAUUAAAUGAGAAAGAAAAUUUUUUUUUUUAAUUUAAGAUUCUUGUAUAUUCUUAUAUCGUUAUUGAAACGCAGGCGGAGCGACAGAAAUAAAGAAAAAAGGGAGAGAAGUAGGCGAAGGAGCCGGAGCAGCAAAUGUGGAUAAAAGAGAAAAUGAAAGGGUAGAAGAAAAUUAAAUUUUAACUUGAGGUUGAGGUUGAGCUUGAGGCAGACGAAAGGAUGUGAGGGGGGGACAACUCUGAACCAGGUGGCAACGAUCGGCCACAAUCGAUAGGCAGUUAUCGAUAGCUCAGGAACAUGGCUUAUCAAUUCUGAACUUGAUUCAAAUUGCAUUCUUCUAUCAUUUACCCAACCUUCUCCAUAUCUAUGUAUAUUUUUGGCCAUUAUUUGAACUACACACACACACACACACACAUUCACGAACACACACAGAGACAGAGACAACGACAGAGGACGAUCGGGUUUUUAAUUUUGCACACAAACAAACAAACAAAACAUGGAAUGAAGGACAGCAAGAAGAAGCAAGGAACGAACGUGAGCGAAAGCGAAGCAAAGUUAAAAUUUAAUUUUUCUAAAAGUACUUUUUUGUGUUGUAAGUUGUGCCAAGUACUGAUAACGUUUAAGGUGUGAUAAACUCGUUUUAAAAUUUAACAACUAUUUAAACUAUUACUAAAACAAAACAAAAACAAAACAACAAAAAAAAAUGACAAAAACUUAAAAAAAAAAAUUUAUUUUAAUUUUAUAAAAAUGCUUUGGAUAUACAUACACACACACACACACCCAAACACACACACACACACACCAGACUUCAAAGUACUUUGACAUUUGAUUUGACAGCAAAAACUAGAACAACAACAACAACAACUACCACAACAACAACAAGAACAAGAACUACAACAAUUGCUUUGCUAUUACAAAUUACUAUUUAAUUUAUUCAUAUAUAUGGUAUAUAUAAAUUUUUUUCAUAUAAUUUCUUAACGUAAACCUAUAAAAAUAAUGAAAAUUUAUACUCUUUGAAAGAUAAAAAUAAUCGAUUUAAAACAAAGAAAUUUUUAAGAAAUGAAAAACAAAUAUGAUAAAGGCGAAAAUUAUAAGAGAAAGGCGAACGAAGGGAGAAACGUUGCAGAAAGGCAAAGAGAGAGAGAGAGAGAGAGAGGUAUGGGAGGGAGGAGUAUACUUUUUAAAAGGGCAUAUUUUUUUAUAUACAUAUAUUUACAUAUUUACAUAACGUUUUUAGCGGUACAAACAUCGUGAGUACAAAUCAAUAUUUAUUUUUCUUUUUGUUUUCGGUUUUUUUUUUGUGUGUCUUCGAUUAUAUAAAGUGAGAAAAACAAAAACUAAAAACUUAAAAAAAAAAAACAAAGAAUUUAGGGAUUUUCAUAAAAAUACAAAAAUUAAAAAAGAGAAGGCGAAACAAAUGAAAUUGUUUUGAAUUGUUCAAUUGUUAAGGCGAGUGUAAAAGUUGGGGGAAGGAAGCAACGAGGGAAACAGUUGAAACACUUUUUAUACGAUGGUUAGCGAUAGUUAACGAUGAUCACAAUAAUACGAUAACGAUAACGAUAACGAUAUAAAGCGAGUUUUAAACGUAGGCUUAACGACACGCCGAGCAAGUUGAAAGAGCCGAGCAAAUUAACAGCAGACAAAUAGCCCAGACAAUUAAGCAAAGAAGCCGUCACCUCACUUAAUACCAAAAAAACAAAAAUUGAAUAUGAGGUGGAAAAAUAUGUGAACAAAAGGUAUUCAAAAGAAAACUCUUAAUCAGCGCGCCGGAAAGUCAAGAAAACGCAAGUAAAAAGUCAAGAUGAAAAUUGAAAAUAAAAAUAAAAUAAAUGGGGGUUCAGUUUUAAUACUUUUUCUUUUUUUUUUUAACAAAAUAUGAAGAAAAUUUGGACGCAAACAAUCAAGUCAGUUCAGCAAAGAGCAGAAACAGCAGCACAUCAAAUGGAAUGAAAUGGAAAUGAAAUAAAAACAAGAACAAAAACAAAAAUAAAAAUAAAAAUAUAUAAAAAUAACCGGACAUAGAGAGAUAUAGGUCAAUGUUAUAGAGCAACAGAUUAGAACAGAUUAGAUCAGAUCAGUUAACCUAAAGCAGAACAGAACCGAACCGAACAGAACAGAAUAACAGUUAAAACAAAACUCCUCGGAUACGACACAACUGUACUAAAAAUGAAAUUGAAACAUGAAAUACAUGAAACAUGGCAUGAAACAUGCAUGUCAAGAAAAAAUGAAAAAUGAAAUGAAACAACACAAUAAAAGAAACAAAACAAAACAACAACAAUAACAAUUACAACAAACAACAACAACAAUGAGAAAACUAUUCAAAUGGUAUGAAUUAAAUAUACAUACAAAUAUAUAUUUUUAGCAUUUAAGCGCAUACAAAACAAAAUGAAAAUGAAAAUGAAAGAAAAUACGAAAAACCAGAUAACUGAAAUCUAUAUUGUCAGCCCUAAGAGUUUACAUGUACUAAAAAGAAAAUUACAAAAAAAAAAAAAUUAUAAAAAAAAAAAUCAAAAGCAAGCAAAAAAAUGCCCAUACAACAUACAUACAUGCAAAUAUGCGAUUAUAGUAAACACACACACACACAGAUACAUCUACACAUACUCUCGCAUGUCCCCCUAUAUAAGUAUACGUGUAUUGCAACAAAAAUCCAACAUUUCAGCAAAAAACAAAACAAAACAAAAGCAUAAAUAAUUGGCUAAACAAAUGCGAAUAAAUUAUUUUACGAUACGAGAGAUUCACAAUAACAGUAAGACCGUGUGCAACGAAACGAAAUGGAAUUGAAACACUCCAUGAAAAUGAAACAAAACAAAUAACAUCAGUUUUGCCUUUACACAUUUUUUUUUGUAUGUAUAUUUUGCAUUUCUUUCUUUUUUUUUUAAUUUUUCUUUUUCAUUCGAAACAAUAUAUAAUACUGUAUUUAAAUUAAUAAUUAUUACGUAUAUAAACAUUUAUAUAUAUAUAUGUUUUUUUCGAAUUGUAAUAAAUUCAUACGGUAAUCAACUGGAGACUGAGCUACAACAUAUAUUUAGUUACCGUUAUGUUUAUUGCAUUUGAAGAAAUCCCAAAAAAAACUAAAAUAAAAUACAAAAAAAAAAAACAAAAAAAAAUACAUUCAUUCUUCACACACAAAAAAAAAACAAAAUACACACACACUAUCAUCGCCUCCCCCAUAUACGAUAUGUUAAUUAUGAUUCGAUACUUUAUGCAUAAAAAUAUUUCAAUAAUUUAAAAUUGGUUUGAUUCCUUAAAUUGCAAAGUUCAUUUGAUGCCAACGCCAUUUCGAUACACACACACACACACCCCUCCCCCAUUCCACCCCAUCCCCCGCCCACCCCAAAGAAAAAACAACCCUUAAAAAACCGUUGAAAAAAACAAACAAAACAACUUCCAAUAAACGAUUUGCCUGUGUGAUAGUAGUUUAUAAUUAAAAUCGUUUAUUGGACCCGUUCACCCUCCUUCACCUACCCCUUAAUUAAACACACCCCCCGCACACACACACACACACACACACUCACACACAGCACAUCAGAGGAAAUAGCAUUUUAAAUGGCGAGCAACGUAGGAAAUCAUUUAUAUAUAUAUAAAAUACAUAUUGAAUCGAUGAGAGAAAUCUAUAAUUUAAUAUGAUAACAAAAAACAAAAACAAAACACAAAAAGAAGUUGCAUAAAAAACCAUGAUAA